ACUGACCUUGACCAAUAUAAAUAAACCGUCUGCAAACUUUGGUCACUUUAAAAUAUCUCUUUCCCUUUUUAUUUAUGCAUAAGGGACCUAGUUCUUGAACAAAGCAGACAAUUUUACAACCUUUUGUGUCAUGUCGAACUCAGCAUCAUUACAAGAGCGCCUCGCCAAUGGCGGUACGUUGGUUGUUGCCGAGGGCUAUGUGUUUGAAUUUGAGAGACGCGGCUAUCUCCAGGCUGGCGCCUUCGUUCCUGAGGUGGUCAUUGAACGUCCAGACCUGGUCAAGCUGAUGCACGAAGAGUUUGUUCAUGCUGGAAGUGAAGUCGUUCUGGCUUUCACGUAUUAUGGGCACAGAGAAAAACUUCGUUUGAUUGGUCGUGAAAGCGAACUGGAGAGUAUGAAUAAGCGAGCGCUGUCUAUUGCCAAAGAGGUGGCCAGAUCAACAGGGACUUUAUUUGCUGGAAAUAUUUGCAAUUCCACCAUAUAUCGCAGGGACGACCCAGAAAAUCAAAAACAAGUGGAAGCGAUGUUUAAGGAGCAGAUAGAAUGGGCAGUUGAUGCUGGCGUCGAUUAUAUCCUUGGUGAGACAUUUAGUGAAUUUGGUGAAGCCAUGCUGGCGCUACAAUCUAUAAAAAAGUACGGAAAAGGUGUUCCCGCUGUUAUAACCAUGGCUUCCGCUGGCCAAGAGCUGACAUUUGACAGGAUUCCAUUCGAGGACGCUUGCAAGCAGCUGGAAGAUGCAGGAGCGGCUGUGGUUGGGCUCAACUGUGGUCGCGGGCCUGCGACGAUUUUACCCUUAAUGAAAAAAAUUAGACAAACUUGUAAGGUCCCCAUAGCGUGUCUUCCAGUACCUUACCAAACAUCUGAACAAUAUCCCACGAUGCAAUCUCUUGUUGAUAAGGAAACAGGUAAACAAGCCUUUCCUUAUGACCUACCUGGGCACACCUGUACCAGAAGUCAAAUAGAAGAGUUUGCCAAGACUUGCAAAGAAAUCGGUGUCAACUACGUGGGUCUGUGUUGUGGGAAUGCUUCUCAUUAUAUCCGUAUAGUAGCAGAGAUCUACGGGAGGAAGCCUCCUGCUAGUCGAUACUCUCCUGACAUGUCCAGACAUUAUAUGUUCGGGGAUAAGUCCCAAUUUAGCAAAUAUACGACUGAAGACAUGGUGGAGUUUACAAAGGCGGUUCAAUAGACGGCUUCCUUUCCUAUACAAAAACAUGAUUAUUAUUAUUACUGUAUUCGGAAGAUAGUACUGGUAUGCAAUUUGUUUAGAAGAAUGUAAAGCUGUUGGUACACUUUGAUAUAAGCAUAUGUUUUGAUUGUAGAAUGGAAUAGUACAUCUAUUAAGGGAAAAUGUGAUUAAAAGCGAUUAACCGUAGCGUGUCUGUCAGUGAUAAAGAACUUUAAUAUAAGCCUAUUAUCUUUUCUGUGAAUCACCAAGUUUACGGAACAAAAAAACACUUUCAAGAAGAAUUUGACAUUAAACUUUUCAAACCUAUAAUCUUAAGUGAACAAUUGUAUCUAGAACUUUCAAGCACUUCAAAACGUUGUUGUGAAAUAAAUCAGACUUAUACAUGAAA